AUGGAAGUGGAAUGGUUCGAUCUACCACACGAGCUGUUCAAAGGAACUGAAGAACUUUUUUGUAUAUCUUUGGUCAGUAGGGCUCUUGAUCCGAUCGUAAACGGAGAUAUAUGGACUGAACAAAUGUCCAAUCUGAAAAAGAUGUUUUGGAUAUUUCAGCCCGAAGCCUUCGAUCCUUCAAGGAAUUAUAAAUCCAUUUCAAACUGUUUCGCUGGACACGACUAUCGAGAUGAUCUUAUCCAACUAGCGAUAGACCUAUCGAAGACACGUUUAGUAAUCGUCAAUUCAGGUAUUAUCCAACUUUACGAUAAAGAUUGCAGGAAGACCACUGUAGAAGAAUCCCAGAGACAAACUGAGAUUUUCGUAAAGAGAGAGUUGGCAAAAGAUAUAGCGCUUUUUCGAAAUUGGUCACCCGAACGUACAAAAGAAAGGCUAGAAAGCAUCGAAUUCAUGAAUCUCGAUGACUUCAUGGAGAAAGAAGAAUGGUGGAAGUACUUGAAUGCGGAUGAGCUGGAGGAAUGGAAAGCCAUGGUGGAUGACGUUGAGAAGCGUUUUGUAGUUAAAGCUGAAACGGAUCCAGCGGAUGGUAAAGAAGUGAUGAAUGAUUGA